UUAUUGUUAUACUUUUUAAUGCGAAAAUCCUAGACCAUGGCGCACCCCGCUGAUGCCCAGACUCGGCAACGAAAGUACCCUUUUAUCCACAUGCGGAUCGCGGACCACACUGUGCUAGACUCCAUCGAGGGACGGUACACGUGCCGGCGCUGCAGCCGCUCGCGGAAAUUCUUUUGCUACAGCUGCCAUAUACCAGUGGGGGAGCUGGAGAAGGUGCUGCCCCGCCUAGGGCUCCCAUUGCAGAUUGACAUCAUCAAGCACAAGAAGGAGAUCGAUGGAAAGAGCACGGCCAUACAUGCUGCCGUACUGUCGCCGGAGCACGUGCGAAUUCACACAUUUCCCGAUAUUCCCGACUACCGUCUGGAGGAGGACGUGGUGCUUAUCUUCCCCAGUGCCAAGAGUCUCACGGUGCCGCAGCUAUUCCAUCGAAAUGUACAGCUGAAGAUCGACGAUAACUAUGGCCUACCCAAAGGACAUCAUAUGGGCACAAUGCUACGCCGUCGCAUGGACGAGACAGAGGUUUUGGAGACGCAACCAGAGAACAUGCCUAAGCGUAGCUAUACGUAUGGAAACCUGCCCGUUCGGCGAGCCGUCUUUAUUGACAGCACCUGGAACCAGAGUCGCGGCAUCUAUGCGGAUGAACGGGUCAGGGGCCUGCGCACGGUCGUCCUCCAGAACCGUUUGUCGCAGUUCUGGCGUUAUCAGCGUGGCAGCCCGCGUUGGUACCUGGCCACCAUCGAGGCCAUUCAUCAGUUUGUGCUAGAAGUCCACGUAAAUGCUUGGGGUCUCAAUUCCGCCUACCGAGGACUAGACAACCUAGAGAUAACCGAGGGCUUCCACCAAGUGGCGGCGCCGCUGACAAGAGAUGCCCCGUCGGAGGAUGUUCAGCGAGAGUCGCCAUACAACGGACAGUACGACAAUCUCUUGUAUUUCUUUGCCAAUAUGUAUGAUCUCAUUCACAAGUACUAUGACCACAACGAUCUGAUAUCCUAUCGACGUCCGAUUUAGUAUGAGAAGAGAGUGUUUAUUAUGCGAGGGAAAUACAAGUUAAACUUAUGUUAGCUUGGAA